CUGGGCUGGGGGACGUGCUGCACCAGGCAGGCCUGGGGCACGAGUCCCUGGAGUAACGGAGUGAGAAGCGCCCCCAGCCAGGGCCUGGCAGAGACCAGGGCAACCCCCACACUGCCCAGCCCCACGCCAGGUCCCACGACCCCUCACUGCCCUCAGCGCUGGGCUCGGCCGCCCCGUCCCCUGAAACCAGCCACAGAAAUAAAGUGCAGAUCAACUCUAGCGAGAAGGGAGACACUGGGGGGAGGGGGUGCUGGAGGGCAGAUCGGGGGGGACAGCUGGGGGGUCACUGGUGGGCGCAAAGCUGGGAGACACUGGACAGUUGGGGGUGCUGGGGAGCACAACAGGUGUUGCUAGGGGCACAUGUGGCAGCAGGUUGGCAUUGCAGGGGCAGGUGUCGCUAGUGGACACCAGGGGGGCUGGGCAGGCAUUGCUGGUGAGUACAGAGGGUGGGCAUUGCUGGGCAGCACUGGAAGCAAUGGGCGGUGGGUGGGUGUUGCUGGGCUGUACAAGGGGGCGGGUGUCGCUGGGUGGCUCACAGGCGGGUGUUGCUGCAUUGUACAGGGAGCUGGGUGUUGCUGGGGGACACAGAGGUGGGUGUUGCUGGGGUGUACAGGGGGGCGGGUGGAGCUGAGGGACUCAGAGGCGGGUGUUGCUGGGUUGUACAGGGGGCGGGUGUUGCUGGGGGACUCAGAGGUGGGUGUUGCUGGGAUGCACGGGGGCGGGUGUUGCUGGGUUGCACAGGGGGACGGGCGUUGCUGGGGGACUCAGAGGCGGGUGUUGCUGGGUUGUACAGGGGGCGGGCGUUGCUGGGGGACUCAGAAGCGGGAGUUGCUGGGUUGCACAGGGGGCGGGUGUUGCUGGGGGACUCAGAGGCGGGAGUUGCUGUGUUGCACAGGGGGCGGGUGUUUCUGGGGGACUCAGAGGCGGGUGUUGCUGGGUUGUACAGGGGGAGCGGUGUUGCUGGGGGACUCAGAGGCGGGUGUUGCUGGGUUGUACAGGGGGCGGGUGUUGCUGGAGGACUCAGAGGCGGGUGUUGCUGGGUUGUACGGGGGACCGGUGUUGCUGGGGGACUCAGAGGCAGGUGUUGCUGGGUUGUACAGGGGGAGCGGUGUUGCUGGGGGACUCAGAGGCGGGUGUUGCUGGGUUGUACAGGGGGGCGGGUGUUGCUGGAGGACUCAGAGGCGGGUGUUGCUGGGUUGCACAGGGAUGCUGAUGGGCAGGAUAUGCUGCAUCUCAGGGAGAAGGAUCAAGGCCCCCAGCGCCCACAGCCCCACUGACCCUCUAGCCCACACGGCUGGGGGGAGGGGUGGCCCCUCAGCAAACACCAAAGGGCCCGGGCAGGGGGGAAGGGCGGACAGCCACUAA